AUGGAAAGUGAUCAAUUACAAGACCAAGGAGGUCUUAGAGUUGAUGGAAGAAGACCAUUGGAAUUACGUCAAAUAAAAGUCCGUCUAGGAGUUUUUGGUCAAGCUGACGGUAGUGCGUACCUGGAGCAAGGAAAAACUAAACCUAGAGGAGCUUUGGCGCGAAGCACCGCUAAUAAAUCCACCAAAGGCUUAAUAAACUGUCAGUACAGUAUGGCAGUAUUUUGUCUAAGCUCAGGAGAGCGCAAGAAGCGUCCUCGAGGAGACAGAAAGACCCAGGAGCGAUCCAUAGAACUGAGACACGCUAUGGAAUCAAUAAUAAACCUUGAGCAGUUCUCCAGGUCCCAGAUCGAGAUUUUCGUAGAAGUUCUUCAAGCUGACGGCAGCGACUUUUGCUGCGCUGUGAAUGCGUCAACCUUGGCGCUGAUAGACGCGGGGAUUCCCAUCAAAGAUUACGCCAUCGGGUGCACGGUGACCUUGCCGGAUGCUAGCACUAACUAUGAAGACCAGGAGACUCAAGGGAUCGGAGUGCUGGAUGCCAAUAACCUGGAGGAAAACGGCCCUGGAGUGACUUUGAGCAUCGUUGCGCUGCCUGAAACUACUUGCGAGCUUACAAAGGAACCCGGGUUGAUAAUUGCUGCUCAAGGUUCUGGAAGGCUGCAUUUGUCCAGGUUGGAAGGUAUGAAGGUUCGGGCGCUCAUUGGCUGCAAGAAUAUCAAGAGUAUCUUGGACCAGGCUGUCAGGCAUCAUCUUACUGUUAAUUCACUUCCUUCUUUGUACGGUACUCCAACAAUUGAAUAA